CAAAGCCAUCAUCGGCCGUCAUGUCUGUGAUCUUGUCGGCUGCUACUUUUCUCCCCCAAUUCUCUCCCUCAUGGAUCCUCGCCGCCUUGCUUUUCAUCUCCGCGUUCUUCUUCCUCCGGCGGCCACCUAAGAGGAAGAUCCGAAUCCCCUCGCCGCCGACACUCCCUCUCAUCGGAAACCUGCACCAGCUUGGCCCCCUCGCUCAUCGCUCCAUGCGGACUCUCUCCGCCAAACACGGCCCCGUCAUGCUCCUCUACUUCGGCCCCAUCCCAACCGUCGUAGUCUCCUCCCCUGCUGCCGCAGAAGACGUGAUGAAGACCAACGACCACGCCUUCUCUAGCCGCCCCGACACCAGCUUGGCCGACCGCAUCUUCUAUGGCGCGCGCGAUAUUGCCCUGUCCAAGUACGGGGAGUACUGGCGGCGGGUGCGCCGCAUCUGCGUCGUGCACCUGCUCAGCCCCAAGCGUGUCCACUCCUUCCGCUCCGUCAGAGCAGAGGAGGCGGCACGCCUCGUGUCCGCCGUCCGCUGCGCCUGCGCAGCCAGCAGUCCGGUGAAUGUCACCGAGCUGAUCUCCGCCUUCACGUGCGACGUGCUUUGCCGGGUGUUGUUUGGGAAGAAGGGGGAGGGGGGCGGGAGAGCAGAGCUCUCUCUCCACACCCAUGUGGUUGAGGCGGUGGGCGGCUCAUUUCCGAUGCGUGACUUCUCGCCCUGGCUCGCUUGGCUCGACUGGUUAAGCGGAUUGGAUGCGAAGGUGAAGAAGGCAUCGUCAGACUUCGACGCCUUCGUGGAGAAGAUACUCAAGGAGCACGAGAGCGAUAGGAUCAUCUUCUCCGAUGAUCACGAUGCUCGCAGAACCGACAUGGUCGAUGUGUUGCUCUCUCUGCGCAACGACGGCAGCGAUUCACUCAGCCGGGAAAGUAUAAAGGCCGUCAUUUUGGACAUGUUCACCGCCGGGACUGAUACAACCAACACGACCAUAGACUGGGCGAUGGCGGAACUCAUCAGGCACCCAAAAACCAUGGCCAAGGCUCAAGAAGAGAUCAGACAAAUAGUUGGAUGGAAAGAGGAGGUUGGAGAGGAGACAGUGCAGGGAAUGCCGUACUUGAAGGCGGUGAUCAAGGAGACGCUAAGGUUGCAUCCUCCUGCUCCCAUACUUUUCCCGAGAGAGUCGAUGGAGGACGCCCGAGUGUUGGGUUAUCACGUCCCGAAAGGUACGAGGAUGGUGGUCAACGCUUGGGCGAUCGGCAGGGACCCGGCCUCGUGGGAGGAGGCGGAGGAGUUUCGUCCCGAGAGGUUCUUGAACAGCAAAAGCUUCGAUUUUAAAGGGCUGGAUUUCGAGUUUAUACCGUUCGGAUCGGGGCGAAGAGGUUGUCCUGGAAUUGACUUUGCAAUCGUCACCACCGGACUUGCGCUCGCCACUCUGCUCUACCAUUUCGAUUGGGAGUUGCCCGAGGGAGUGAAAGAGGAGGAUAUGGACAUGACUGAAUCGCCGGGGUUUUCUCUCAAGCGGAAAUCCAAUCUGAUCCUUGUGAGUAAACCUAUGAACCAUUAGUAAUUAUCUUAUCUUGUACUAUAAGUAUUGAGCUAUGCCACCAUUGAUGUGGGAAUUAAGGUCUUCUGUUCACUUCCACUGUUUUCUUAUAUAUGCAAGUCGAUCAUGCAUGCAUCUCUGACGAUGCCUUAUACUUA